AUGAAUUGUACUUAUCAUUUUGAAAAUCAAGUUUCGCUGAUAUGUAUUGCUCCUCACUAAUGUUCAUGUUAACGGAAACUAUGUGUUAAAUGCCUUCUUGAACAUAAAGUGGAUAUUAAAUAAGUCAUGUCGAUUGAUGAAUUUCCGAAAAUGGUUUUAUAUAAAUUAAAGCAAUUUAAGGUUGAUUAGGAGUCUGAAAUUAUAGUAUAGAAAAAUAUAGUCAAAUUGGUGCUCUCUCUAACAUAAAUCAUUAUGAACUAAAUAUGGGUAUAAUUAUUCGAAUCAAUCAAUUAAAUAUAUGAUUUUAAUAGAAAAUAAAAAUAAAUCAUUUUCUAAUCUUAUCAACACAAAUACUAACAUUGCUGUAUCCUUUUAUUCUGAUUUAGAAUUUAUGGUAUCAAUUUUAGAAGAGAAAAAUUUAAGAGAUAGGAUUGAUGAGAAAAAUUCAUAUUUCAGUAAGUUAUAAGUUGAGUAGCUGAAGUGGGAAUAGGAAGUUAAAUAGUUUCAAGAAAUGUUAAAGGAGAAGAUAAUGACUAGCAUUCAACCUAUUUAAGAAAUGCUAAAAGUAUAUAAAAGAAAGGAAGAUUUGUAUUCAGUAUUAUCUUAUUCAAAGAAUAUUGAUGGAUCAUUCAUCAAUAAGAUGAUGAAUUUGUUAAAAAUUGAAAAAAUAACAGAUUGCAUUGAAUAUCUAUCAAAUAAGCAGAGUAGAGAGCAACCUCACUUAAAGUGUAAUUACAAUAUACUCAAAAAUAUAAGUGAAAUAGACUUUAAGAAAUUAGAUGGUCAUUCUCAUUUGUGUUAAUUCAAUUUGUUACUCUCCUGAUGGUACUACAUUAGCAUCUGGUAGUGAUGAUUAGUCCAUCCGUUUAUGGGAUGUUAAGACAG